GGUAGGGGGAAAGAUGUUGCCUUAAAUUGGCACCUAGGCUCAGUUGUCUCCCCAAUCCAGCAUUCCAUGUACAAUUUUGUUUGCUCGAGCAGGCUCUGCUCAAGAGGGACUUCCACACCAUUUCAAUAUUGCCUUUCCGCUUUGAGUUUUUCCUUUCUCGAAGGCCCCCCAGACACUGACGACGUCGGUGAGCCUCGGAUUGUACAUCUUCGACGGUACACCCCCCUUUCCGACACUGCCAGCCACAACAAUGAGCAGCGGCAUUGGGCCUGCGUCCACCCAUGAGCAACCGGCAGAAGCGUCACCGGUUUCAGAGAGCCCUGCCGGUUAUAGUUCGCAGGAACAAGACCCAGACGAUGAACCAGAACAUUUUCACAGGAGACAGCUGUCCGGUGUUCACCCCGAGAGUGCCUGGGCCCAACAGAAUGUCCUGACCUUUGAUGGAGGCGGCGUGCGUGGCUAUUACAGCCUCCUCCAGCUCCAGAAGCUCUUCGAGUACAUCGAAAUCGAGGAGAAGGCCCAAAACGAGAGACUAGAUGCCAUGGAACGGAUGCGGCCCGAGGAUCUCUCCAGCUUCUCCCCGUGUGGACAACCAAGACACAUGUCUCACUGCCCUACGUUCAGACCCUACCUCCCAUGUCACUAUUUCGAUUACAUAGGUGGCACAUCCACAGGAGCCCUAAUCACCACCAUGUUGGCCAGGUUGCGCAUGCCCGUUGAGGACUGCCUCGAUGAAUACAAGCGCCUAGCAGGUUCAAUCUUUGGCAGCCCGAGAUGGGUCCACAAGGUAGGGUUUCCCGGCCUAGUCAUAAACAAGAACAAGUUCUCGACGGCGAACCUAGAGGGCACAAUCAAGGAUGUCAUCCGUCGAAGGGGAGAAGCUGCCAACGUUCAGGACGAGGCAAUGCUCCUCACUACCCAAAAGGGACUAUGCCGGGCGAUCAUUGUCGUUGAUAUGUCUGCGCCCAAAGAUGGAGGAAGCGGCCGUGUUGAUGCCCCGUGGAUAUUCCGCUCGUACGACAACUUCCACAAGGACACCAAGCCGAAGACGGACCAGGACCACGCCGUUCUUCAACGAGUAGAUACAGAAUCAUUUCUGAAUGCUGAGGGGCCACGGAAUGCCGGACAGGGUACGAAAUUUGCGGCCUGGAAAGUAGCCCGCGCGGCGACGGCGGCUCCCUUGUACUUCAAGCCCCUCGAGGUUGCACUUGACGACGGGGAAGUCGUCAGCCGGAAGACGACCAUAGCUCGCCUGACCCGGACGUUUGCAGUAGGCGUCAGAGCCGGUAGCGGCAAUGCCGGUAGCAGCACCGCCGCCAUUCCAGAGAGGACGGCGCGGUUUACCGACGGCGGCUUUGGGCGCGCCAACAACCCGUCCGAGGAGGUGUUGCGGGAGCUAAAAAGCAUCCUAAAGAAGCGCUACAAGAAGAUUGGAACAUGGGUGAGCAUUGGCACAGCGCGGCCAAUACCCAAAAGCGACCCCAAGCGGCAGACCCUCCACAACACCACUCUCCUGAGCUACGCAAAACUCGGCGACCCGGAGCCGGUGAACGAGAUGAUGAAGAUGGAAAGCAGAGAGAAGUUUGCCUAUUACCGCCUCAACGAGGUCAACGGUCUGCCAGGUGUCGACAUGGACGAGUGGCAGCCGAGGCACUCUGGAGAAGCCACCAUGGAGAAAAUGAAAAAUGCCUUUGCCACCUGGGCGUCCGAGGCAGAGAACGUGGAGCGCUUCCAGGAGUGCGCCAGGGCGCUGGUGCGCAACCGCCGCGAGCGUGCCCGCGAGAGCAUGUCGCUCUGGGAGCGCUACGCCAUGGGCAGGUUCUACUUUUGCCCCGAGAGCGACUGCAUCUACGACCCCGACGAGACGUGGCACUACCGGAGCACUUUUGAGCGGCACCUCGGCUCCGUCCACAGGAAGAACGCGGCCGCGAUUCGCGACACACUCGACAAGUGUGAAUACUGCUGGGAGUAUAAGCCGCCUAAGCCUCACAAGUAAUUACGUCUAAUCAACGUCGCGGCGUGUUUCGGUAAUGUUGGGCCGGGCCGGUUUGUGACUUGAUAAUUAUCCCCGGGCUUGAAGGAAUCGAGGAAUCGGGAGUGAGCAGGGUUGCUGUAAAUUGAUUAGACGCUGUGGAGUUGACAUUUGCAUAAUCAAGAGCCACUAGAUUUAACUGGUAUCAUCAUGUUCCGAUCCACACAAGAAAUGAACUAGAAACAAGAUAUAAAUUCUCUUAUUCCAC